AAUCUAUACUGGAGAAGAACAUGCACUAGAACCAGGAAACUACUCCGGUGCUGCCAACGUGCGCUGGAGAUUCGAAGCGAAAUUUAUCGUACGUUAUUUGUAAAAUAAACGGAAGGAGCCCUUUAAGAGUCUAUCGUGCAAUGCUAUAAAUAGGUGCUUAUUUCCUAAAGCCCGUCCGCCUCCCCCUUCCUGGCAGCAUGGUGUGCUCUAUUGUAAUAUUACAUUAGUGUGCUGCCUUGCUAUCUCCUCCUUACUAUGCAAAGUGCUCACUAUGGUGAUUGACAGCGGCUCAGCAUUGCCUGUAUGCAGCCAGCCUUGGACGAGGCUCAGUCUCUGAAUACAGCUCUGUGAACUUUGUAUCACUAUUAUUUAUUAUUGUUACUAGAGUGUUUGGAUGCCUACGCCCCGCAUGUCGUUUCCUCUUUCUAUCCGCUCAUGAGGAAGAUAUUUGAUCGAUGUCUUGGGGGCUGUCGAUGCGCCUCACGUCUACGGAAGCGACCCAGAUACUAAGUAACUAGCGAAAAGUGACUUGAAGGGAGAAGACGCGUAGACCUCUGGAUACCGUGCUGACAGCCGCACAUUGCGCCGAUCUGGGAUUUGAUGCAGAAGUCUUCUUUCUACAUGCGAGUGGCGUUUUCUUGGAGGACAUCCGUAUAAGCUUCCUGCAGCACUUGUUUCUACAUCCAUUGAGGGGGACGUCACUCGUCAUCAGAGAGAGCCAGCGUUGCUGUCGCGCACCACCACUACCGCCGCCGCCGGCAUAAAUAGGGUUUUGCUCUGGUCUAUAAAGAAGUUUCAGAAUGGGGAAACAAAACAGUAAAUUGCGACCUGAAAUUCUACAGGACCUACGGGAAAAUACAGAAUUCACAGACCACGAACUGCAGGAGUGGUACAAAGGUUUCCUGAAGGAUUGUCCAACUGGACAUUUAACAGUAGAAGAGUUCAAAAAGAUCUACGCAAACUUUUUCCCGUACGGCGAUGCCUCAAAAUUUGCAGAGCACGUGUUCCGUACGUUUGACACUAAUGGCGAUGGGACGAUUGACUUUCGGGAGUUCAUAAUUGCACUGAGCGUGACGUCACGGGGAAAACUGGAACAGAAGCUUAAGUGGGCGUUUAGCAUGUAUGACCUCGAUGGAAACGGCUACAUAAGUCGCGGAGAGAUGUUGGAAAUCGUCCAGGCUAUCUACAAGAUGGUGUCAUCGGUGAUGAAAAUGCCAGAAGAUGAGUCCACACCAGAGAAGAGAACGGAUAAGAUCUUCAAGCAGAUGGACACAAAUAAUGACGGUAAACUGUCCCUGGAAGAAUUUAUCAAAGGUGCCAAGAGUGAUCCUUCCAUUGUGCGGUUGUUACAAUGCGACCCGAGCAGCACGAGCCAGUUCUAAUGAUUCCCACCCAUGCGGACAGUCAUGACCAUACACUGGCUUUGUCAAGUCAAGCUUUGCUUGCAAGUGAAUGCCUUCUCAGUCAUCCCCCCCCCCCCCCCCCCCCAGAUGUUUCCCAUGUAUUAGGCAAAUACAUAAGAAAGAAAAAAAAUGAGAAAAAAAUCAGCCUUGCUCCCGAUUCAUUUCGGAGGCACACUCACCCCCCCCGGAAUCGUCGUCAAUCUGUGGACUUAUCCAGAUUUUUAUGACGACACUAUUACCGAACUUGAUCGUACUAAGAUAAUAGGUAGCUGUUUCACUUGGCAAACAAAUGCCGGCAAGGACAUAAUGGACAAUGUUGAAAGCACAAGAGUAUAUAAAUAUAUAUAUAUAUAAAUAUAUGUGUAUAAAUAUCUUGUUUUCUUUUGUUUUUGUUUUCUUUAUGUUAUUCUUUAACGCAAAUGGCUUGAAAUGAUGUACUGAUUAAAAUGUAAUUCUGCAUAUAUAUAUUUAUGUAUGUACAGACACACUAAUGAAAUACGGGGUAAUAAAAUAGAGGGUGUACGUACCACUGAGACAGACCAUGUGGCUGUUAUGGGGCCCUUACAGACAGGGGGCCCAAACUUAGUUGGUCCAAUUCUAUAACGUUGUGUUUUCCAACCGGGGUGCCUCCAGCUGUUGCAAAACUACAACUUCCAGCGUGCCCGGACAGCCGUUGGCUGUCCGGGCAUGCUGGAAGUUGUAGUUUUGCAACAGCUGGAGGCACCCUGAUUGGGAAACACGGCUUUCUUUUAUGUAUACCCCUGAGUAAAUUGUUUUUCAUUCUGUUAAUAACAGUACCUGAUAGGUAGUAGUUUACAGCAUAUUUCUAGAUUUUUAGAUAUGACACUAGUUAAGAAUCUUACAGUAAAAAAAAAAAGGCUCUUUACAUGUCAUAAGAUUGGUCGGGGUCCCAAUGCAGAGACCCUCUCUAAAUAUAGCCAGGAGAAGCACACAGCAGCACGUUGCCCUCUCUGGCAUUGAAGCCCCAUUAUAAAUCUACGUAGCCUAACUCCUGCCAUGAGACAGAUUGACCGCCGAUCCGGCUACACUCUUCUCCUGGCUACACCUAAAGAUCAGUGAGGGUCUAUGCAAUGAGACCCUGACCAAACAAAAUGUUAUGACAUCUUUCUAUGACAUGUCACAAAGUUUUAAUUGGUCGGAGUCUCCGUGCAAGGACCUCCACCGAUCUCUAAAUAUAGCCGGGAGAAGCACACGGAAGCACGUUUCACUCUCCGCUUCUUCUCCAGACUCAUUGCCGGAGACUAUAAUGGAAACCAGUUAUAAGUCUAAGAAGCCCAAGUCCUGUCAUGAGACAAAUUGACCACCGAUUCAGCUAUGAUCUUCUCCUGGCUAAACCUAUAGAUCAGUGAGGGUCUCACCACUGGGACCCUGAACAAACAAAACUUUUGACACCUCUUCAUGACAUGUCAAGUUUUUUUUUUUAACAGAAGUAACACAUGUAAACUGAAUCUCUACCUAUUAUCAUGACAUCUUUAGGUCCCAACAUUCUGGGGGUGAUUUUCUUAAUAUAUCUUGGUAGUGGUCAAAGCUCCAAGUCUGCAUUGUCUUACAGUUAUAUGAUAAAAUGCUGGCCCCCUGCAGACGCCACUAGAGGGAGUUUAGGAGCUCACUGCGUACAAUGAUUAUUGAAUGCAAUGCAUUACAGUGUGCAGUAUACAGGGCCGGCUCUUCCUAUAGGCAAAAUAGGAAGCCGCCUAGAGCGCCCUCUUAAUGGGGGUGCCACCCUGCCCACUGCAAUAACGUUAGCCAGCAUCCAAAGCACCCGCUUAUCCAGCAAAACCCUGCCAUGUUUACCACUUCCUUCCCGGUACCAUAAUAAUCUGAAUUUUUCAGCCUUCUGGAGGAGCGCAGCGAUCACUAAGGUCAGGUCCGUCCCCAGGCCUCCAUACACCUGCCCCACGUCCCCCCGGUGAUUACAUGAGGAGGAGUAUCACCCCAGUAGUAAGGUAAUGGCAUGAGGAGGAGGUUUGUUGUAGAGUAUUCCCCCAGUAGUAAGGUAAUGGCAUGAGGAGGAGGUUUGUUGUAGAGUAUCCCCCCAGUAGUAAGGUAAUGGCAUGAGGAGGAGGUUUGUUGUAGAGUAUCCCCCCAGUAGUAAGGUAAUGGCAUGAGGAGGAGGUUUGUUGUAGAGUGUCACCCCAGUAGUAAGGUAAUGGCAUGAGGAGGAGGUUUGUUGUAGAGUGUCACCCCAGUAGUAAGGUGGGGCAUGUUAAAGGGAGGAGCCAAUGGGCAGGGCCAAUGGGGCGGCAAAACUAGCUGUCGCCUAGGGUGGCAAAAAUCCUUGCAGGCCUGGCAAGAAAUAUAUAUAUACACAUACAUACAACAAUUAGCCAUAAUGUUUAAACCACCUACCUAAUUUUGUGCAGUUUCUUCUUGUGCCCUGGCCCCUAGGGGCCCGGACUAUAGAAGACCUCUGAAGGUGUCCUGAGGUUUGUGCACCAAGAUAAUAGCAGAGGUGUGACCUCCAUGGAUCUGACUUAUAUGUCCAGCACAUCCCAUAGAUGGACGAUCAGAAAGAGAUCUGGAGUCUUCGGAGGCAAAGUCAACAAUCUAUGUCAUGCUUCUCAGACCAUUCCUGAACAAUUUUUGCUGUGUGGCUGAAAAAGGGCACGGUCAUUAGGGUAUCCUGCUGCUAUGAAUAUGGGAGGGGGUCUUUGUCUGUAUAAUAUUAAAGGGGUUCUCCACCAUAAGGUGAUUUUAGUACGUACCUGGCAGACAGUAAUGGACAUGCUUAGGAAGGAUCUGCGCUUGUCUUGGGGCUAAAUGGCUAUGUUGUGAGAUUACCAUAACAUUGUGGCUAGUUUUUUGUGAACUGCUUGACUUUUCUUUUUUUUUACUACAAAUCCCAUAAUUCCAUUUUGCUCCCUCCCACACAUCAGCCACCCCACCCAUUGAAACAUAAAUGAGCUGCAUCCAUUCAAAAGACCUGUGGUUUUCAAUCAGGAUGCCUACAGCUGUUGCAUUAGUUGCAGAUUGAUCUCUCUCCCACCAAGAAAUCCCUCCACUCAUUGAAGCAGACAGGCUAGUGAUGACGACUCAUUGUCAUCAGCUGACUAGUGAUGUCAGGUCUCGGCCGCAUUGCAAGCUGGGAAAAAUCUGAGACAACAGUCAUUUUGUAUGCUGUUAAAAAAAAAAAAAAUAUUGGAGUGAAAAUCACAGAAGAAUUGUGAGAAAACCGUCACACACCGGUACAGACACUAUAUUAUGAACUACACUAACUUUACAGCCCCUGUAGCAUAGUCAAAUUAAAAAAAAAUCCUGGAAUACCCCUUUAAGGUAGAUGGUACGUGUCAGAGUAACAUCCACAUGAUACCAGGACCAAGGUCUCCUAACAAAACAUUGUCUAGAUCAGGGGUCUCCAACCUGCGGACCUCCAGAUGUUGCAAAACUACAACUC